ACUUUCAGUGGACUUAGAUUGAGCCGAAUAAGCUUACUGACUGGUGCCAGAAAGUAGCUGUAAAGAAACUCUGUAAAUCAAUUAACUCCAUCAUUUUUAUGGAGAUCGCUUGAUACCAAAACUUCUUUCUUUGCAUGCUUCUCUGAUCCUGUGGAGAUGAAAAUUGACAUCCAUAGUCAUAUUCUACCAAAAGAAUGGCCAGAUCUAAAAAAGAGAUUUGGCUAUGGAGGCUGGGUGCAGCUCCAACACCACAGCAAGGGAGAAGCAAAGAUGCUGAAGGAUGGGAAGGUCUUCAGAGUGAUCCAAGAGAACUGCUGGGAUCCAGAAGUCCGUAUUAGAGAAAUGGACCAAACAGGAGUGACUGUCCAAGCCCUUUCCACAGUUCCUGUCAUGUUUAGUUACUGGGCCAAACCUCAGGACACUCUAGAUCUGUGCCAGCUUUUAAACAAUGACUUGGCGGCCACUGUUGCGAACCACCCCAAGAGGUUUGUGGGCCUGGGCACAUUGCCCAUGCAGGCCCCCGAGCUUGCUGUUAAGGAGAUGGAGCGCUGCGUAAAGGAGUUGGGCUUUCCCGGGGUCCAGAUCGGCUCCCACAUCAACGAGUGGGACCUUAACGCGCCGGAACUCUUCCCUGUCUAUUCCGUGGCUGAAAAGCUGAACUGUUCCCUAUUUGUGCACCCCUGGGACAUGCAGAUGGAUGGACGGAUGGCCAAAUACUGGCUCCCUUGGCUUGUAGGAAUGCCAGCAGAGACCACCACUGCCAUUUGCUCCAUGAUCAUGGGAGGAGUGUUUGAGAAAUUUCCUAAACUGAAAGUGUGUUUUGCACAUGGAGGAGGUGCCUUCCCUUUCACAGUCGGAAGAAUUUCCCAUGGAUUCAACAUGCGCCCAGAUCUGUGUGCCCAGGACAAUCCAACCAACCCAAAGAAAUACCUUGGUUCCUUUUACACAGACUCCUUGGUUCAUGAUCCUCUGGCACUCAAGCUGUUAACAGAUGUCAUAGGAAAGGAUAAAGUCAUUUUGGGAACUGAUUACCCCUUUCCACUAGGGGAGCUGGAACCUGGGAAAUUGAUAGAGUCCAUAGAAGAAUUUGAUGCAGAAACAAAGGAUAAACUCAAAGCUGGCAAUGCCCUAGCAUUUUUGGGCCUUGAGAGAAAACAAUUUGAGUGACUGAAUUUACUACAAAGGCAAACAUUCAAGAAGAUAUUUUUUGUUUUUAACUAUAUAUCACACAUGCAUUACUAAAAUCUUAUUUUGUGCUAUUUUACCCAGAAAUAGAAUAUCCACAAAUGUUCUAAAUUAUUCAUAACAAAAAUGACUCUCAGAAUAUGUUUUCAUUCUGAAAAAUAGCACAUUAUUUCAUGUGCAAAUCAAAAAUUUCCCAGAACUUUUAAAAUUAAUGUCAGAAAUAAAAAGCAAAAGGUCAUUAAUGAUUUAUAUGUAGAAAGACCAGACUCAUUCUGGAGGGCUGAAGUAGGUUCUCCACUUUGAGCGGGUAUAUGUGAAAAGGGAGGGCCCCCAAAAAACAUUUUUUAUUCAUUUUUAUUCCAUUAGCCCACAACUGGGCCAGGAAUGCUUUAUAAUCCAAAAAAAUAAGUGAUACAUAACCUCUAGAGAGGUUAUAUUCCAAUUAAAGAGGCAAGACACAUGUUCAUGGAAUAAUAACUAAGCAAUACAAUGGGAGGCGCAGAAGUUUCAGUAAGAAAAACUCAUCUGGAUUCAAACUUGGACAGAUCUUCACAGAAUUUGGGCUGAGUCUCUAAGGAUGGACAAGCCUAACUGGAAGGUGGGAAAUAGACAAAGAGGUCAAACUAUUAAGAACAGGGCUUUCAGACUGAAUGAAAACUUACUUAUUCUGGAGAAAAGUUCAAGUCUGUAAUUUACUUUUACCAGAAGCUCUUUUAGUUUAAAAUACUGAGCAAAAUGUAUAAAGCUAGUUAUGGAGAUUGAGCAAGGAAAUACCAGGUAGCUAUGUUCUACUGAGUUCAUUUAUGGUUGUCCUACCCAGGCUGCUGAAAAUGAAGUUGGUCCUGGGAGGGGUAAUGAACAUCUGUGGAUCAUAUACCUCUGGCUGAAUUCUAAAACCAAAUACAAUUUUUCAAAGUGA